AUGGUAGAAUCUACGCUUCAGCAACAACAGACAGCCACUAUUCAUCAAGAACAUAAGCAGUUCAAAUUUACCAAUAGACUUGAGAAAGAGUCUUCUCCUUAUUUAUUGCAACAUCAACAUAAUCCAGUGGAUUGGUAUCCUUGGGGUGAAGAAGCCUUUGAAAAGGCAAGGAGAGAAAACAAACCUAUUUUUCUCUCUAUUGGAUACAGUACAUGUCACUGGUGUCAUGUCAUGGAAAGAGAAUCUUUCGAAAAUGAAGAAAUUGCCAAGAUUAUGAAUGAACAUUUUGUCAAUAUUAAGGUUGACAGAGAAGAACGACCCGAUAUUGAUCGUGUCUACAUGACCUAUGUACAAGUUCAGACAGGACACGGAGGUUGGCCACUCAGUGUGUUUCUAACUCCAAAUUUGAGCCCAAUCUUUGGUGGUACCUAUUUUCCUCCAACAGAGUCCAUCUAUCGAGGAGGAAUUUCCUUUCCAAAUUUAUUGCAACGAAUUGCCACCUUAUGGAGAGAACAAGGACCUAAACUUGUAGAACAAAGUGAAAAAGCCGUUAGCAUUAUUAAGAAGGCCUUUAUUGAGAAGAGCUCUCGAGAAGAGAAUCAAGCAGCAAGUGCUGAACAUGUAUUCCAAUAUGCUCAUGAAUAUUUAGCAACUUGUGUAGAAGAUUACAUGUCAUCCUUUGAUUCUACCUAUGGAGGGUUUAGUAAGGCUCCUAAAUUUCCUCAGCCCAUCAUUUUAGAUUUCCUUUUAAGGCGUUAUUAUGAAGAAAAAGAUGAAAUUAGAAAAUUGGAUAUGAUCAAUGCCGUGAAUUUUACAUUGACCAAGAUGGCAAAAGGUGGAAUUCAUGAUCAACUUGCUGGUGGUUUUCACAGAUACUCGGUAGAUAAUAUUUGGCUCGUUCCUCAUUUCGAAAAGAUGUUGUACGAUCAAGGUCAACUUGCUGUCGUGUAUGAAAAGAAAGAAGGAGCCUAUUACUGUUGGGAUUAUCGUGAGCUCACUGAUUUUCUCGAUACCAUGGUUCCAAGUAUUGGAGCUAUUAAACCCUCUGAAUUAUUCAAUGCCAUGUUUGACGUUAGACCAGACGGAAAUAUUCCAUCUGGAAGUGAUCCACAUGGAGAAUUGACUGGACUCAAUAUUUUACAUGAAAAGCUUGAUUUGCAUGAAAUUAUUACAAGCUGGAACGGCUACAUGAUUAGUGCCUUUGCUCUUGGUUCCAUCAUUCUCAACAAUCCAACCUAUGCGAACAUUGCAGAAAAGGCUGCACUUUUCAUUUACGAAAAACUCUAUGACAGAGAUCGAAAGAUUCUCUAUCGAAGUUACCGAAAGAAUUCACAAAAAGCAAUACCUAUUGAGGGAUUUCUUGCCGAUUAUUCCAAUACCAUUGCAGCAUUGUUGGAUUUGUAUGAAGUCACAGGAAGAACACGUUGGCUCAAUUGGGCUUUUGAAUUGCAAGCCACACAAGAUCGAUUAUUCUAUGAUGCUCAAGAUGGAGGUUAUUAUGAAGAAAGUGGAACGGAUAAAAGCGUUCUCUAUCGAUUGAAAGAAUUCCAUGAUGCUGCAGAACCAAGUGGAAAUAGUGUGAGUGCCAUGAAUUUGAUUCGUCUCAGUGACUAUGAUUUGAAUUUAUCCGAGGAGUAUCAAGAACGAUUUUCCAAAUUGAUCGAGUUAAAUAGUAGUUAUAUUAUUGAGCAUCCACACACAGUGCCUGGUUUGAUGGCAACAUUGGGAAGAUUUGUUUCAGAUCAUGAAGCUAAAAUUGCCUUCGUCUAUGACCAAUCGGUUCAAAAUUUGAAUGAAGUGAUCCAGUAUGCCAUUCAUCAUACAGCACCUUCACAAAGAACAUUUAUUUAUGUGAAUAAGGACGAUCCUGAAUGUGUGGAUUUGAUUGAGAAAAGAUUACCUUAUUUGAAAGAUGCCAAAGUAUUGGAUAAUAAGACCACUAUUUACAUUUGUAAAGGUUUCACAUGCCAACUUCCAACGACCAAUCCACACGAUAUUGGCAAACAUCAACCAUCUCAAUAA